CCCGGUCUCCUAGCAACGGCGGGCCCGGCGCGGCCUUCUCUGUGCGCUCACUUCCCAGAGCCUGCUUUGCCCAGAGGAGAGGCGGGUCCGGCCUGGUGCGCCUGCCUCCUGUUUGCCUGCUUUCUUGGCGGCGGGGUUUCCUCAGGCUCCGGGCCAAGGGAGCAUGGAGCAGGGUCUCGCCGCGAUUGCCUUGGCCUGCGCUCCCGCCCUCGUCGCCGUCACGGCCUGCGCCAUGGACCAGGAACAGCUGCAUGCGAAUGGUGAUAAAGGCUUUGAGAAUGUGGAGCUUGGGGUAAUUGGAAAAAAGAAGAAAAUUCCUAGGAGAGUAAUCCACUUCGCAAGUGGUGAAACAAUGGAAGAAUAUAGCACAGAUGAAGAGGAAGAUGAACAGCAGGAGAAAAAAGAUCUUUUGCCUUCUGUUGAUCCAUGAAUUUUCAUUGGAUGAAGCAAAGCUCAGAAAACUUGGCAUCUCUCUGAGCAGCAAUUUGCACGCAAAUCAAAGAGAAAUACUGUUGAUGGAUUGUGUUGCAAGCAAGGCAGCACAAGAUGAGUAUACUAGAAUACAGAGUGCAACUGUGUUUGAAGCGUAAUGGAAUAAAACUGAGAAAGGCAUUUGCCCUUUAUUUAAACUGCUCAGAAAUAUAAGCAUUUGUUAACCAUUUACCAAAGCUUUUCUUAUGUGGUUUUAUGAGUCCCCUUGGGAAGAUAGGGCAGAAUACAAAUAAAGUUUUAUUAUAGUAUUAUUAAUAUAGAUUUGAACAAAAUUCUUGCAAUAUAACUUACUUUUCUUUCAUGAAGAUGUGCAGUUUCUUAUAAGAUUAUUUUGUUGUAUGUUCAACUAAUAAUUGCUUUUACCUGUAGUUAGAUGUAUAUUCUAGUAGUAUAAAUUAGAUGAAGAAAAAUCAGCCCAAACUGAGCUUCGGUGUAUUGGCAAAAAUGUUUUCUAUGAAAAUUUUUAAAUAAUCUGUAUUCAUGAGAGUGCCCUGUUGACUGACAGUUUAUUACUGCAAUUAACAAGGCUGUAUUUUUGAUGAAGACUCAAAACUGAAAGAUUUUAGAAUUCAGCUGAUGUUGGUUUUUCUUCAGAGAUAUGUGGAACAAAAUAAUUACUUCUGCAGCUUAACUAGUGAUAUGGUAGAGUCUUUGCAUUUCAGAGCUGCCCUUAUUAAUCAGAGAGUAUUUAUUAAUCCACACCUCUCUGUAAUAAAUGCACUAAUUGCAGGUUUCUGGGAAAUAUGGGUAUCAAAGAACAAUAAUAGUGAGUCCAUGUAUUCAAUAUACUAUGAAAAAAAAUCAUUCUGAUUAGCAAAGUAGGAUGCCAAUCGCAUUCUUUCAUGAUAUUGCUCUAAUGAAGAGUACAGAUAGGUUCUUCUUCUAGUAUCAAUGUUUUCAUGAUCUACACAGUCAAAGUCUUUGCUGUAGUAGCUCAUUGGGUGCCAGCCAGUCAGCCUGGGGGUGGGGUAUCUCAUCUUCUGGCACUUCUUAUUAUGCAUCGUUCUGCAUAGUAUUAGCAGUAUUAGCUAUGGCGUUGCCCACAAAUGGCACUAUCUUUGCAUGGUGGUGGGAUUGUGUGGUACUAUGAGGCAAGAGGCUAUGCAGUGGCAUCAGAAAUGCGGGUAGGGUCUUCCAUUAACACAAACACUUCAGAUUGCUUGUACUAUAUAAUCCCAUUUAUUCAGAAUUUUAAAAGAUAGUGAAGCAUGCACUAUUAAUGUGGACUUUUCUAGUAAAGAAAGGCAAAAGUGUAAAAUGUAGGCAUAUGCACACACACACAAAACAAAAAAAUCCAGAAGGGUUGCUAUAAAAAGGGAAGAGGAGUGAAGUUCAAAUUAUCACAUUGCACAAAGCUAAUCUGGAUCAGUCAGAUUUGGCAUGCAGCACAUGCUAAUUGUGUCCUCGCCCAGUUACUCUUUUCAAAAAAUGUGCAUUGGCAUAACAUAGUAACAGUAAUAUUAUAGCUCAAUAAAAUUACAUACUUUGCACAUCUUCCCACCCAUCUUCACUGCUAAAUGUCUUUAGCAGCACCUAAAAGUCAUUUAGUAUUGAAAGGCAUUAAAGGUUCUUCUAGAAGAGAUUCAGGCAUAGGAAAGAGCAGCUGAGAUUUGCAUAUUUUAGCCAGAAGAAUAUUCAAAAUUAAAGCUCUGGUUUGCAUUCAAAGUAGUGAUACUUACUUCCACACGUCAAGCAAGACAUGGGAUUGCUUGCAGGGCAUGGUUGGAAAGCACAUUCUGUCCCUUGUGCCCCAGCUUUGGGAAGAAGCUGAUUAUAAAUAGUGCAGGAUAGAUCUGAUCUGUACAUUAUAAGGAGGCUGCCUCAGAAUUCUCUCUGGAUCAUCUUGACCUCAAUGGAUAUACAUGAAAUAAAUUCAAUGUAUUUUGCAUGAAGUCAGCAUCAAGAAAUUUAACUGAACACUUAUUUUUUU